AUGCCUUUGCCAACGGAAGUGGAGACGCUCAGGGACACAAUUGCUCGCUUCGACGCCCGAAUUCAGGCCCUCGAAACUGAACUCCAAGAGUUGAAGGAUGCUACGAGCAAAGCGGGUGGGAAGCAAGGUUUGGGAUGGGCAGUGCGGAUUGCCCAUGUGUGCAGUCGCUGGAGAACGGUGGCUUUGGACUGCUCGACCUUGUGGGGCUACCUGAGCAGUUCGCAGUCCCCGGAAUGGCUGGAUGCCAUGAUUUCCCGGUCAAAGGAAUCUCCACUCUCGAUACACGUCGACGUACCUUCCCAUCACACACAAGCGACAAGGAUAUCGCAAUCAAAGUUGCGAAAGAUCCUGAAGCAAACGCAUCGUCUCCAGCAUAUUUCGCUCACCUCGGGACCCCUUCGUCUUCAUGCCAUGCUCAAAGGCCUCGUCGCACCACUCCCACUCCUGGAAACUGCGACAAUAGUCAGUGUCAACCCUUAUUCGUCCAACAUCGACCUCGACGACGAACGUUACGCGUACUCUGACGCCAGAUCCUCCGCCAUACCAGAUGGUAUAUUUGGAAAAGGUGUUCCCAAGCUACAGACCCUGUCAUUCAUCGGAUGUAUCCCGUCUUUUGGCACAUCACCCCCACAUUUUCCAACUCUGACAAACUUCAGCAUCGUAUCUGCCAAGAUCGACGGCGAUGACUGCCCGCCGUUACAGAUGAGCCCGCUCACUUUCAAUCAGCUCAUCCUGGCUGUCUCCAUGAUGCCAGCACUUCAAAGCCUUGAUAUUGGAUGGCCUGAAUUUCGCCGAUCGCCGGAAAACCUCCCUUUCGUUUCCGCUCCGAUUCCCCUACCCCAUCUCAACCAUUUGCGUCUUGAGGUUCCAUGUCAACAUGCCGCGAACUUCCUCUCCCAACUCCACCUCCCGGGGUCAAUGGUCUUGGUUCUCGAAUGCAGAAACACCUAUGAAGACUCGCUUCUGCACCUUGGAAGAGCGCUAGCCUCUUCUUGGAUAUCCCUCCCACUAUCUUCCCCCCAAAGCCCGUUUUCUCAGCUUCCCAUCGACCAGCUAGAUAUAGCAUAUGCAUCAGGAGUUCCGAAAUUCCACAUAAGUGGUUCUGCAGUCCAGUCCGCCCCAGAUCAAGAGAAGAUCGUGGCUUCGUUCUCAAUGACGUUCGCAGCGUCUUGGUCCUGGAGCGCGCCCCUCACCCGCCUCGCCCUUUCGCCAUGGCCAACUACCCAAGUGGAAUCUCUCUCCAUCUUCCAACAGCGGAAAGAUAUUACCAUCAUUCGGGAGGUUCUCCUCAAACCCUUUCCCUCAGUUUACACGGUCGACGUCGAAGGUCAGGCAGUCGAAUACCUGCGCUCUUACCUUCGGUCAGAUCCCGCUUUGAACAUGGCACCAGAACUUCCCAGAUCAGAAAGUCCACGACUUCAGACCGCACCCAGCUCGUCGAAGGAAGCAAUCCAGCCUCGUCGACGCCCCCAUCAUUUACCCAAUCUCGCAGAACUGUCGAUUUCGAAUAGCUGGAUGACUCUGCACUCGAAGGAAGGGGAUACCCAGUGGUUCUAUGAUUAUUUGGAAUCCAUCGGGGAGUUGCUCGAGCGCAGAGCGGCACUUGGAAGUUCUCUUGAUCUUCUUCGAGUCCUCCGUUGCACGGCCCCACCCGCGGGGGAGGUGGAGAAGCUGAAAAGAGUUGUAGCGCGUGUGGAAUUUUGGCCUGAUGUGCCAGAGCCAGUCUGGCAUGAGGGAGCAGACGCGUAUGGGCAGAGCUGGGAUGCACUGUGA